CCCAUGUCAAUAAGCGGGGCGCCUGCGCCGGGGGUUUGCGCGUCUUUUCCUCUCAUGCGCGGUAUUUGCUUCCCGAGCAGGGCCCGGGGUUUGGCCUAGAGCCGGCGGGUGCAGCGGCGGCGGCACAAUAAGCGGGCGCAGCCUCCCUAUUCUCUGGCUCCCGGGCCGGGACCCGUUGGGCGCUCAGGAUGGCGGACGACUCGCCCAAGCGGCGCAAAGCCAAUUUCAACGAGGCGGAGACGGAGGUGCUGAUCGAGCAGGUGCUGAAGCACGAGCAGGUGCUGUUCGCGGCGGGGCCUGGCCGGGCCUCCCCGGGCCAGAAGCGCAAAGUCUGGGAGCUGAUCCGGCACAAAGUGAACCCGGUGGCCGCCUGUCCCCGCGAGGUGGAGGACCUCAAGAAGCGCUGGCGGGACCUGAAGCGCCGCGACCGGAGCAAGCUCUGCCGCAUCACCCAAGGCCCCGGCGGGCCCGUCCCGCAGCCCGGCUCGCUCGGCCUCCUCAUGGCUAGCGAGGAGAUCUCGCCGCCCGACCACCUCCGAUCCUACGCUUCCGGACUCCCCGCUGCCAACGAGACUCUGCCCAUCGUCGGGGGCAUCGACACGCUGGACUUGCCGGGAGCCUCUUCCGUGCCGGAGAUCGGUUUUACAGAUGAUCCUGGCCCAUCCCAUCAACCAUGCGUGGAGAAGAUAAAUCUAAAAGAAGAGAUAGUAGUGAAAGUAGUGGAACCAGAAGAAAGCUCGGAGGACAUGGCUGUAGUUCCUCCUAGCCAAGAGCAACUACCUUUUUUGGGGAUACAAAAUGGAGGGCCCUGUGGAAAAGUAAAAGCCAAAACAAAAACUCAACCCCAGACAGACCCCAGUGAAAUUUCAGAAGAGGAUCUAUUGCAGAUCCAGCAGAACCAGCUGCACGUCAUCCAGUCUGGCUUUGAUAGUAUCAACCAUAAUCUUCGGCUGCUGCAGCAAGGCAUGCAAGAUCUCAACAACAGCCUUAGCGUCAUGGCGCAUACAUUAGUGGCUAUCAAAAAUGUCUAUGUGAAAAACAAUGCUGGCCCAGCCACCUUUGCUACUGUCACUACUCAGACCACCGCAGGGUACCUGAGCCCUGGGUCUCCACUGGUUGAGGAUAGAGUCAGGGUACCGGUGGCUGGAAGUAGCAGCAGAAGCAGCAGCUGCAGCUCCAGCUCUAUGUCACAAGAGGCAGGCCCUUCAGAAUUUCCCAGGCCCCCACACCGACCCAUUAAGAAGGAACAUCCAAAUGGCUGUUACUAUUUCUGUUUUGCAGAUGUGUAAGACUUGAAUACACGCCAGGCAACUGUGGCAUUUGAGAGGAGCUGUUCUGCACCUUGCUCCAAUAAUUGCAUCAGAUUGGAGCAGUUUUGUCUGGCUGAGCUCCUAUAAUGCUAAAUAUGAAAGAUCUCCACCACUCCCACCUGCAGAAACCUUGCCUCAUAGGCGGCAUAACACUAACUACAAACUGCUCUGGAACCAAUUCUGGUGAAGAGCAGUAAAGAAAUGUGUUAAAUACAACUUUUAGAGCCCAGCCCUAUCUAUGUUUACUCAGAAGUAAGUCCUACUGUAUUCAGUGGGAUUCACUCCCAAGCAAGAGUAUAUAGAUUACAGCGUUAGUACCCAGUAGCUUCUGGAGUUGGUUGAUGCCUCUUGCAUUGUGUUUCCCCCACUUUCUUUCCUUAUGGAAGGGAAGAGAGAGAAGUUGACUCUAGAUCUUCCUGGUAUUAAUUCGGUCUUUUAAAAUAAAGCAGUAUGAAAAGAUAGCAACAACUGUACUUAGAAUCUGAUGCAGAAGCUGUCAAACAAACUGUUUUUAUUUUUGUAGCAAUCCAAAGUGCAGAUUAGUGAGAAAUUGAGUACUUGAUUGUACUUAGAUUUUUUUUAAAGCUCCUAUUACUACUACUGUAAGAGAGCAUAUGGAGUUCAUCUGCUCUAGGACUGGGAAUGAAUUGGGGUACUGAGACAAUGAGCAAAGUGCUAGUUUUUACUUGAUAGCUUCUCUUCAUUGUUGCUCAUGUCCAGCUCUUCAAAAUGCAUCUUUCCUAACCCCUCAAAAAAAGAAAAGAAAAGCACUGCUGAAAACAUGCAGUAGUGGGGAGGCUGCCUUUUGUUGCAUAAUUAAAGAAAAUUUGCCCAAAUAAA